GAAAGUCGCUUUCGCAGCUUGUGUCGAUUCGCACGUGACAGUUUAAUUAAUCUCCGGCGGAAAUUCGAUUUUUAUUAAUCUUCAAGUCUGUUCUAUGAGAUAGUGUAAUCGAGUACUUAACAAUAACGCGAGCCUGAUUCAAACGAAGUUAAAACACGACAUUGUCUAUGGGAUAUGUGCUGAAAGAAUUUCUACCGUGUCUUGCAAAUGCUGGAAAGUCGAAGGUUGCGAAAAGAUAUUUCUCAACGUGCUAGUUUGAUGGAAACGAACGUAUAUUAAAUUUAAAAAUGGUUAAAACUGUUACAUUUUCGCUGCUUUACUGCUUAAGCUUAUACAUUUGCAAAAUCAACUGUGACCUCAAUGAAAUUUCAUGGCCGUCGGUCAGCGAAGCGUCGAAUUCAGGAUCUACAGAGAUCGAGAUUAAGCACAGCUUAUUUGACGACCCUUCGAAGAGAACUGUGGCAGUAGUAUUGCCCUUGGACGAAGAGAAACCCCAGGUAGAAAAUCAUCAGAAGAAGAAACGAUGUCGGAAAAACCGCCGGCACAGAAAAAUGAAGCUGCGACUCGACCCAAACGAUGUAACGGACAAUAACAAAGAUAAUUUAGUGCAGACCAGAUACAGGAAGAAGAUCUCAUCCGCAGAGAUGGAAGGCCAGCAGGUUCCAUCGAUUCGCAGCGAUUUCCAUGAGAACACGAAACGGCGCGUCGACGGGUCUAAGGAAUUUCAGGACAUCGACGAGAGCUUGGAAAAUCCGUUCAUGAGAAUAUCGGAAAAUCGGGGGUCUCACAGAUCGAACAACGAGGAAGCGGAGAUCGGUAGCUUCGAAAAAAAUGACGAAGACGUUAUUUUGAGACGGAUCAGGAAUCAUAUAAUCAACCCUGGCGACUACAAAGUCCUGGCUCUGGUCGGCAAAAAGGACGAUUAUUCACCGCCUCAGAAUCCGAAGAAAUACAUUUGCUACUGCAGAGAAGAUGACUGCUCAGGUAAGGACUGCCAACCUGAGAUUUACAAGCCCUGUUCAGGGUCGAGAAAAAAUUCUAGACCCACACCUAUUAACAACUAUGGCUCGAAUAAGGUUAGAAAUUACUCGCCGUCGAAUGCCAAACACGAUAACAAGAACUACGUUCAAACACUGGCAAAAGUCAACGUCGAAAACAGUGGAAUGAACCACAAAAUCUUGCAAGAAGAGGAGAAUAAUAAGAACGAUUUCUCAUACGAAACCAAUUCCAAUCAAAAUAUCCAGGCGCAAAAAUCCACCGUGAAUUUAGACCAACAGGACCAAUUAUCAGUCAAAAAUUCUCAACGACUUGCAACUUCGACGCAGCAAGGUGUUAGCCAGAUUCGCACUCCGAACAACAAUCAGUGGCUGCGUCCAGUCCUUGGAAUCAAAGGAUCACCGAUACAGUCUGGUAGUCAAGGAUCCUCUCAAGAAUUCAGUAGAACACAAACGGACGGCACCUUGAGUUGGCUUCCGUUUUUGAAGGAUCAAUCUACCAAGGGCAAGAACGAAGAUGGAGUGCUGAUGGCUCACGGUCAGGUACCUCUUCAGAAAAGUCGCACUGUUCAACUUCCGUCCGUUAAAGAGCCGGUGCCGAGCGUCGAGAAGCCUUUCGGUUACCUGGAAAACCCUGAAUCUUAUGUGAUCUCAUAUGGAGAUUCGACGACGAUGGAAUCAAGCACCGAGAAAUAUCAGCAAUCGGAAGAGAAUCGAGGCUAUGACUCGAACGUGGAAUCCAAUAUCGGCUUGCCCGUUAGUUCGGAGGAAUAUUCAUCGGACAAAUUCGAUGCUUCUACGGAAGGAAACCUGUAUCUGCAAGUAGACGAUGGCCCAGAAUCAGACGAAGUCACCAAAGUCCCGCUGAAUCAUCCUGUGAAUCUUCCUCACCCUGAAAAUCACGACGACGAUGUUUACUUGCUCGGAGAUUCGACGGAGGAAUUAACUGGUCACAAAGAAUACGGCAAUACUCCUCAGAAGUAUGAACUUCCUCUGACGAUGUCAAAGGACGACGAAUAUCAACUGGAAACAGAUCAGUUACACCACAAAAUGUCUGGCUUCGGAACUCUGCGACCAGGAUACAAUCCUCUGCCACCAGGAAGUUUCGCUCACGAAUUUCGAAGACCUUAUAACGGUUACGGAAGUUACGUGGUGAGUCCAAAUACGCAACCCAGCUGGAAAGAUCGCUCGGGUUACUUGACCACUGAAAUUCCUUUUCGAGCACAGCUGGAACGACCUGCGAUCGCAAGAUCCGGCUGGAAUGGAUGCAACGUUUAUCCGACUGCUCAGCUUUGGCCAUACAAAGGGACGAUGCAGACUCCGAAUAAUUACUACGGAAUCGGAAUAGGCGGUCCCGCAUUGCGAAACUUUGGAUAUUACGGAAAUCCGCAUGCGGGAAAGCCGAUGGAGGAUAAAAGUUACUUGUAUUAUUCACCGAUGAUGAAGACAGGCAAUGGAGGUUCAGGGUUGGCUCAACAACGACGUCCCGCGACUAAUGACAACCGCGAUGAUUAUUCCGACAUACAAGUCGUAACGAACGGAUAUUUCACUUCGAAAACAUACGAUGACGUGGAGGAUGUCGAUGGCAACGACGAUCAGGAAACGGGAAACGCGCAGGCGAAAUUCGAGAGUAACGUUGACCGGAUACAUCACCUCACUCAACAAGGCUUCGCUUAUCCCGCUUCGAAUUUAUACAAUGGAUACGAACCAGCGAAUGAUUGGAAAGCACAGAAAGAAAAUUUCGCGGUCUUCGAUGGAGAAAAUUCGCGGUAUCUUGAAUCAGUGGAAGAUGACGAUGAAAUGGAAAAUCCUUCCGCAGUUUCUGCUGAAGCCAAUACACCGAUCGUCGAUGAGGAUCUGAACAUUUCAACCGUAACUGAGGAAAGUUCUUCGGAGGAAUCCUCACCGAGUGAAGAUUUUACUGGCGAAAAUCAGUCAAAGGGUGUUUCAAUGAAUUCAGCUGUUCACCAGAGUCUGGAUUUACUGAAAAAAGGAAAUACGUCUAGGGUUGAAACUGUCGGCGGAAGAAAGAUAGGAAUAUGGGGCACAUCGGACUCGUUGGAGGCAAUAAAACUAAAUGCUGAGUCUUGGAAUGAACAAUAUGGAACAAUUAGACCGGAAGAGAAUAUCUCAUCGGAUUCAUUGGAAGUCUCGAAGGAGAAAACUUCAGAAUUAAUUGAAAAUGGAUCUCGAGGUCUUGAGUCGAAGUACGCUGAUUCGAAAAACGAUAAUGGCGAAGAAGUUGGUUCCUAUUACAAGACAGACUGCCACUACCCAACGUCUUCUUUGUCCGAUAAAAAGUAUUCCGAGAACAUUGUAUCAGCAGAAAAUGAAGGCAACGCUGAGCAACAAGAUGUAUCAAACCUUUCGCCGCCGAUUAUCAUCGAGCCAAUUGUAGCGAUCGAAACUUCACCGACUAAAUAUUUUUCCCCGAAUGACAGAGUCUUGGAGUACAUAAAAAAUCACGGUCAAAAUUUAUUACAACAUUCUGAUCCUUCUAGCCUUGACCGAAAAGAUGCAGUAAAUCAAGAAGAUCAUACGGGCCAAACAAAUGAGAGCGAAGACCAAGAAACGUUUGUUCAAAAUCCACAAUACGUCGGAGAAUAUAGUCAAAUGUCGACAUCAGAGAAUACGAAUAGUGAAGAGAUAACCGAUGAGAAAUCGGAAAAUCUAGAGAGAAUAUCUGCUCAGCCGAGUAUACCGGAAAUUGAUGAAAUCGAUGAAGAUUCCGGCGAUUCCACGGAGCGAUUUGACGCUGAUGCGGAAAAUGAAUCUGAGGAAAAAUCUGUCAUGACUUCGGAAUAUGUCCAAGGACCGGGAAAAUAUGUUGUACAGGAUAAAAUUAGUCCGACCGACUUAUCAUCUCUGAAAAAUGAGGCGUCUGAGGAUUUAUCUCGAAGUUACGAAGAUUGCACAGUGGAAUCUGCGAUUUCCGAAGUUUUAGGAGAAACCCGAUAUCCCGAUAGUUAUAUAUCCGAAUCAAUGGAUGAAUCAACAGAGUGCUCGCAGCUAGAAGAUUCAGUUUCAAAUGAUCAUCUAGACAUGGAGAACUAUGGAUCCGAAUCUAUGGUUAAAAAUUCUAAAGAAAACAUUCAACAAUAUGGAACUGUAGAGGCUGGAGGAGAAAAGAAUUUAAAUUCCUAUAACAUUGGCAGUCACGAUUAUAAUGAUGAAAAUUUGCAAAAAGAGAAUGCGAAAACUCAAGAAGCGUCAGUUAAUUUAGUUAUGAAUGAAUACCGGAAGAAUAAUGAAGAAAGCAAUGCAGAAUCCGAUUACAAACCAACCACGGAGACUUACGCAGACAACAAAAGACUUCUGGUUGGCGAAUUUCUGAAUCCUUCUACUGGGAAAAUCGUGCAAGAAGUCAACAGCCGGACAGAAAUGAAACCUGAGGAUCACGAUGCUGUGGAAGACAACGGGAUGCAGUUAACGGUUCAAAGUUCGAAACUAGAGGAUAAAACGGAUAGAAAAUGGGACACCGCCCAACACAGAGUCGAUUAUGGGGACGGAAAAUAUUCAAGUUCACUUAAAGAUGAUAAUGAUUACGGAUACGAGAAUUUACGAGAAGAUUCAAAUACUCGGAAAUAUUCGGAGAAAUUAGGAGCAGUGAGUUUGGUUGCAAAUGAGGGAGAGGAUCGUAAUGAAAUGAGUACCGCAGCAUCGGUGAAGACUACACCAUCUGUAUCGUGUAGUUGCAGAAUUCCCGAGGGUGAAAUCACUACGGAGGCUUACAGGAAUAACGAAAAACUUUCGUUAAGUGAAGUCCUGGAACCUACUGUUGAGAAAGACGUGCAGGAUACAGAAUCAAUGAACACACAUAAGAUAAGCGAUGACAAGGCCAACAGCAAUUCCCAAGUACCUAGUCAAAAAUCAACAACAGAAGCUUACGAAGAGAGUAGGAAACUCCUGCUUGGUGAAUUCGUGGAUCCUCCUACUAGAAAAGACGUUUCAGAAGAAGGAUCAUUGAAUGCGUAUAGUGGCAAGUAUGGGAAAUCAAAUUUUGGCAAUAAUCUGACACCUGGAAUGAGUGGGAAGGUCAACGGCUUCGUUGGAAUUCAAUCUACGACGCAAAAUUCUAAAAUAGAUCACGAGGUGAAUCGAAAUGCGGGUAAAUAUCACGAUUAUAGAACAUCAGGGCAAUAUUCGAGUUCUUGGAAAAAUUGGGGAGAGUUGCAGAGUGCGCCAAGUUUGAUUACCGAUAAAUACUCGAAGCAUAAUAAGAAAAGUAAUGUGGCAAACUCUGCUUUUCGAAUUCCUAGUCAAAAAUCAUCUUCGAAGGCAUAUGAAGAUAAAGAGAAACAACUUGCAGGUGGUGAAUUUUUGAUUUCUGCUAAAGAAAACGUGCCGAAAAACAAUGCACUGAACGAAGAGAACGCUGAGGUUGAACUGAUGAAUAAUGCCAAAAAUCCCUUGGCCCAAAUCGACGGUGAGAUGAAAUGCUUUGGCAAAGAAACAGAGAAUAAUGACAUGCAAUCCACGAAUGAAAAAUCGAAGAUAGAGAAUGAAACGAAUAAAAUCGUUUUACAAGGUAAUCCUGAGCCUAAUAGCGACUCAUUUUCAAAUUCGCCGAAUGAAGAAGAUCACGACACGAUGCUAUUUCCAGGAAAUUCUGGGGAGAUAACGACAAAAAAUUCUGAAAUCAUCGGAGAUGUACAAUCGCUAGGCUCUUGCAUCAAGCCACCAGAAGUACAAAAUGAUUCUGGUUACUUGGGACGAAUUGCUCCACAAAAUCCAACUGCAGCUGUUGAAUCUUUCGGGGAUCUUGUCGAUUCCGAUCUCUACUACAUCGGAGACGGUGUAAGGCUACCAUUGACCAUAAAGCGGUUGAAGGAUGGAUCCUUUGCUCUGAGCAUAUCAGAGAAAAUUUGUCAACAAUGGGCGAAGGAGAAAUGCCCCUGUUGCGUCCCGCGGGAGGGAAAAAUUUUACAGGAAAAACACUGGGAUGAUAAAAACUUGGAUUCACUAAUAAAAACCAGCCGGAGCAGCCUCAAUCGAAGAGGAAUUUCAGCUGAUCAAAAAUCAAAAAGUGAUGAAAUGGAGCUUGAGGAUAAUCCGGAUAUCGCGAAAGGUACGCAACUUCCCAAGAAAAGGAGUAUCAGGUCGAUAACUAUGCCGGUUGACGAGUUCGCUCAGUUAUAUAAUUUGAAUUUAAAUUUGGAGGAUUACAACGUGGAAUCAACGGCGAUUGAAUCCACUCGGAGACACAAACUGACCGAAAGAUCUAAGAUGGAGAAAGACAAUCAAGCGCAAAGCAGCGAUUUGGUCCAGAAAAUUGUAUCGAUAAACGAGGUGCCUGAGAAUGAGAAGGUCGGCGUAUUGUUGUCGACUUUGCAAGACUUGAUUGCAACAGAGCCGACGGAAAUAUCUGAGGUUGUGGAUAAGCUCGAGGAAAAUAUAGCGAAGGAAAAAUUUAGCGGCGAGUUAGGAGGGGAUAAUGGAGAGGACGAUGCUUCCGGGGAUGAAGCGAAGCGAUUAUACGAUUACCAGAAGAACAAUCCUGUUCUGGAAAGAAUAAGAAUUAUAAAGCAGCUGCAGAUGGGUAAGGCAAGAUGUGAACACAAGUACCAAAAGGACUGCGACUACGCGAUUACCCAGAAAACUGAACUCCUUACGACAAUACUGCGAUGGCUUAAGGAGUUGUUGCUCACAAGUCAGAUUGAAUGAUUUAUUUGAACGUAAUAUAUUUCAUGUAUAUUUUUUGGCGGGCACUGUUUAUUACUGUAAAAAAAUAUAUCGUUAUUCAUGGUGUGAAUUUUAUUUCCGAUGUGACGAUUAGAAAUCCAUUCUAAAAGGUGGCAGGAAAAAUACUUUUAUCCUAUACAAACAGUUGAAGAGCAAUAAAAUUCUAUCUGAUAGAAACUGUACCUGGUUUUUGUAUUGCCUUAUUUGUAGCGAUUGGAUCAUCAUUCAUUUUCGAAAGUAUACGGAACAGUUAAUAAAAAAAUAAUCGAUCAGAAAUACUUUUGUGAAAAUGUAUAAUGGUGCAAAUUUAAUAUAUAAAAAUACUUCUCGAGUUCUCUUAUAUCGGAUUCAGCGCGAAAUCAAUGGAGCCUAAAUGAGGGCAAUUUCUACGAAAUAAUUGUUCUAUCGAGAGUAUGGAAGAGACGGUUCAAAUAAUACAAACAAAAAUAAUGCAAGGCGUCACAGUUGCAUGCGAUCAGGCAUACAUGGUAGAGCUACGAAAACAAACUAUUAUUACUGUUUAGAUAGAUGGAUGGAUGGUUAAUUUGACUGGGAGGAAUGCAGUAAGGACGGUUGAUGUUAACAUUUAUACCUAGUAAUAUCAUGAAAUUAUUCAUGCUGUAAUUCACACACACUUGUAUG